GUGGCGCGGAAUUGUCAUCAGUCCACACAUUUUCAACAAGUUAGUUUUCUCAAGUAUGAAGUUUUAUAAUCAUAAUCAGUGUUAAUAAUCGGACAGAGAGCGUGUGAAGCGCAGGAUGACGCAGAAACAGACGCUAGAGGUGCGCUUUGUGCCCGAUGAAGAUGUUCGGGAUCAUAUUGUGGAGAAACAGCAAGACACAAAGGCAGUGAACGGAUCGGUGCAGACGCUGGUGAGCCUGAAAACCUCCCAGAAAAGCCGGAGAUCUGCUGAAGAUGAUGAUGAAGAUGAGGAUGAGGAGGUGUUCAGCGAGCAGCAGUAUGUGGAGGCGCUCUGCACUGCAGAAACAGAUGAGUGUGAGAGUGCUGGUGGAUCCUCCGUCUUCUCUUUCCAGACCAUCAAGCGCAGGAAUAAAAUGGCUCAGAUGCUCCAGAUGGGCUUUAAUAUCCUCCUGUAUGGUCUGGGCUCUAAGCAGCUGCUGCUGGAGAAGUUUCGCUCCUCGAUGCUCUCUGAUUAUGAUCAUGUGGUGGUCAACGGCUUCUUCCCCAGCAUCACGCUCAAAUCCAUCCUGAACAGCAUCACGGUGGAUGUGUUUGAACACCAGGGAAGUUUCCGGAACCCAGCGGAGCAGAUGGACUUCAUCACCCGGACCCUCAGAGGAGACCCGUCCAAUCACGUGUUCCUGAUCAUCAAUAACAUCGACGGGCCGAUGCUGAGGGGCGACAGGAACCAGCAGGCUCUGGGUCAGCUGGCGGCGCUACCCAACAUGCACCUGCUGGCCUCCAUCGACCACAUCAACGCCCCGCUGGUGUGGGAUCAUGCUAAGAUGAGCAUGUUUAACUGGCUGUGGUUCGAGAGCACCACGUACCGCUCGUACACCGAGGAGACGUCUUACGAGAACUCACUGCUGGUGCAGCAGACGGGGGCGCUGGCGCUCAGCUCACUCACACACGUGCUGCGCAGCCUCACACCCAACGCCAGGGGAAUCUUCAGAUUACUGGCAGAGUUUCAGCUGGAGAAUAAGGAUAAUCCUGCGUACAGCGGUUUGUCUUUCCAGGAUUUCUACCAGCGCUGCCGAGAGUCUUUCCUGGUGAACAGCGACAUCACACUGCGCACGCAACUCACCGAGUUCAAAGACCACAAACUCAUCCGCAACAAGAAGGGUGCAGACGGUGUGGAGUAUCUGCUGAUCCCCGUGGACAACGGGACGCUCUCUGACUUUCUGGAGAAGAACGAUGUGGAGUAAAAGACGAUGAACUUUAUCAUCACAUCACUGAUCUGCUUAUGUGUUCAGGAGUCGUCAGGUUUGAGAGUCGACAGCAGCGUGCGUGCGUGCGUGUGUGUGUGUGUGUGUGUGUGUGUGUGUGUGUGUGGCACUUCAUUCUGUAGCUCUAUCAUGUACAGUAUUCUGUAAAGCUUUGUAGAAUCAUAACAAUAAAUCUUCUUCUGCA